GGUUUUAGAGAGAGAGCAAACAUGGCUACAUCUCUGCAAGUAACGUGGGCUUCAUCCCUUUCACCUUCUUCGUCUUCGGCUUUGAAAAGAGGGAGCGGCAAGAGUUUUUGCAGCACUAACAGCAAAAGUGCUGCUACGAUUCCGAUGCCUCCUUUGAACCCUCGAGACCCCUUUUUGAAGAAACUGGCUUCAGUGGCUGCGUCUUCUCCAGAUUCUCUACUUUCUCGACCUUCGGAUUCAGAUACUCCUCCAUUUCUCGACGUUUUCGAUUCUCCCAAGCUCAUGGCAACUCCUGCUCAAGUGGAACGAUCUGUUUCUUACAAUGAACACAGGCCAAGGAAGCCUCCACCAGAUUUGCCGUCCUUGCUUCUUAAUGGGAGGAUUGUGUACAUUGGCAUGCCUGUAAGUGUUUUAACUUUUGAUUUUACUUGUAGAGCUUAACUAAAUUUUCCCAUC